ACUGGCGGCGGCACCAUGGCCUCGCCUCCCCCCAGGCCACAGGCGGGCUGCAGGGCGCGGACGGCAGCAGGAGGAGCGAGCGCCCGGCAGUGACCAGCCUCCGUCGCUCGGCCGUCUCCCUUGCCCAGCAGGCCGCGUCCCUCGGCGUCGGCGGCGCGCGUCUGGACACCCCGGGGGGGCGCUCCGCCGCGCCGUCGCCCCUUCUCGUGGCCCUCGGCAGCGGAGGGCGGAGGCGGCGGCGGCGCCACCACCACCAUGUGGGGGAGGCUCCUUUGCGAGCUUGGCCAAAACGGCGACUACAGAGCAGGCCCAGAAUAUUCCUCAUCAGGAUGGUUACCUGGAACUGAUUCACUGUGGCAAACCACAACUGGUCCAUCAAGCAGUCGAAGUACCCAUAUCAGAAGACACAGCAUAGCUUCUGACAGUGGGGAUACUGGAAUUGGAACUUCCUGUUCUGAUAGCGUGGAAGAUCAUUCCACCUCAAGUGGCACAUCCUCGUUCAAGCCCAGCCGUUCACUGGUCUCAAUUCCCACUGCCCAUGUGAUGCCGUCUAAUACCAGCUCUUCGCUUUCCAAACACCGGGAACCUGUCAAGUCUGACUAUUCAAAAUGGAGUACAAGCCUUUUGCGUUCUGCUGGAAGCAGGCAUCAGGGCAUACUGGACAGUUCUCUUGACAUGAAGGACCUCAGGCCUGUAAGGAAAUGGUCAUCUUUGUCUAAACUCAGCACACCUGUUAGCUGUAACCAGGAUGGGGGUGCUUCCCCUGGAGAGUGCAGGUCUAACGUUGAUAAAAUGGGAAGAGACCAGUCUCUCUCACUGCAACUAAGAACAAAUGGGGCAAGCUGCUUGCACAAUAGUAUGGAACUGCUCAAGAUUGAGGACAGAGAAACAGGGAAAAAAAGAAAUUCUACCUUGGACUGCAAAUACAAAUUUGAAAGUUGCAGCAAAGAAGACUUGGGGGUUCCUGAUUCCUCAAACAGGAGACAUGCCUUAGACAUGACCUACAGUGCCUUACCUGAAAGCAAGCCUGCAAUAUCAAACUGUGAGGUUUUCCAUCAAGGAUACGUAAUGCUGGGUUCGCAGGCUGUGAGUGGGAUUCCCAUUCAGCCCUCCGAGAGGACUCAGAAGUGGCUUACAGAACAAUUUCAUACAAACCCUCCAGAGUCUAGGCCUUCUGAGGAGUCCUACAGUUCGCCUCCUUGGCAGUUACAGCAGCUUGAAGAACUUAGAACAGGAAAUGAACAUUCAGUGCAGGUUCUUAGUGGAUCAUCUCACCAGAGUUACCCAACUGCUAGCUUUCAGGACUACAAUAAUUGGGAAUCCCUGAUGAAAAUCAAAGAAGGGUUAUUAAGACAAAAAGAGAUUGUGAUAGAUCGACAGAACCAGCAAAUUAACAUUUUAUAUCAAAAGAUAAGGGAGAAUGAACUGCGAGCUCAGCAAGCAAGAUUGGGGCACAUUGUGAAUUGUGAAGACACUUACAUGAGUAGUUUUCAGCAACCUCAGUAUGAGAACACAGCAAUGCAGGCUCAGUUUGCAGAAAGAACUGUGGCACACUGUGAAAAGGAGGAGUUGGAACGAAAGUUUGCAGCAGUACAAAGUAGGGAGCUACAACUCAGCGAGUUUCUCAGACAAAUGGCAAACAAAUCCAAUGAAGAUAAAAAAAAGAUGGAAGAGAAGCUGAAAACCAGAGACAGGUACAUAACCAGCCUGAAAAAGAAAUGCCAAAAAGAAUCAGAGCAAAAUAAAGAGAAACAGAGAAGAAUUGAAACACUUGAAAAGUACCUGGCUGACUUACCAACACUAGAUGAUGUUGAAAGUCAAACUAAGCAGGUAAUCUUUUUUUUUGCAGUGCUCAGAAGACAAAGAGCUCAGUUAGUACUUUUGCUGAAUUCAUAUUAUAAAUGUGUUCCAAACUACAGCCUACAACAGAAAGUAGAAAAAUGCCUGGAAGAUGGUAUUCGCCUUCCUAUGUUAGACACAAAACAACUUCAGAGUGACAAUGAAAGCCUCAAAGAGGAAAAUGAAAAAGCCAGCAAGGUCAUAGACAAUCAACAGAAUCAGAUCGCUGCACUUACUUUAGAAAUUCAGUCUAUGCAAGAUCAAUUUUUGCAAGGAAAACUGACAAUUCAAAAACAGAAAAAUGAACUUGAAGAAAAGGAUAAAAGUAUACAGCAGUUACAGAAGACUCUGCUUGAAAACCAAAGACUCAUGGAAGAAAAUGCAUCUCUGAGGGAACAGGUUCAUCAAAUGGAACAGUCCAGACAGCCAGUGGCUGAAAAACUGCCCAUUGCUGAUCAGUUAUUCAAGGAAAUGUCUCAUUGUUUGUUUGACUUGAAAGCACUUUGCAGUAUUCUUACCCAUAGAGCUCAGGGCAAGGAGCCUAACCUAUCCUUACUGCUGGGAAUCAGAUCGAUGAACAGCUCGUCUGAGGAUGAGUACUACCACAGCACAGAAACUCUCUCAAAGAAACUCUCAGAGGUGUGUCAGUUGCGAACAGAUAUCGAUGAAUUGAGGACUAUAAUAUCAGACUGCUAUGCUCAGGACAUGGGAGAAAAUUGCAUUACACAGUGAUAAAAGGUUUGGCCUCACAGCAACAAUAACCAAGUUAUUAAAUGCUGCUCUGGUUUUAGUUCCUUGUGUUUCUGUUAAGGAGCCAUACUGGAAGACACACUCCAUGUCCCAGUCAGAGGGGUUCAAACAUUUGUUCACAUUUUAUGCUGGUGAAGCAGUCAUCCAUUGAAAAUAACAGUACGUUCUGCAAGAGAAAUCCGAUUCCUUCAAGACUACUGAAUGUAGAUCAAAGCUGUGAAGAAUGUGUUUCUAUUGAAAAUGUUGGACUUUCUGUUGUGGCCCAUAAAAAAACCAAAACCUAUCCAUAUUGUCUCCUAGAGUUAAAAUGUAAGUAUUGGGAGAAGCACCAUAGUUACUGUCAUAUCAUUUUUCCCCCUUCAGCAAAAUCAGUGUUGCUAAUUUUACUGGAGAAAAUGAUUGAAGUGCCUGGCCAUCUGGGGGCAUUGAAACUAUGGAUAGUGAUCUGAAGGCUUAUAAAGACUUGAUUGUAGGCAGGCACGGAAACACCUGACUUACGGUUGGCCUUCUCAGUUAGCCAAGGGUUGUUUUAUUCAGUACUUAAAGGUCACCAGUGUUCUUUGACAAAACAGAAAAUAAGCUUCCACAUUUCAGAGAAUGCAUAAGGGGUUCAUAUUGAGAAUUUAGCCAUAAUCUUGUUGGCCUCUUUUGCACUGUAUUAACUUGAAAAUGUUGGUUUCUGUAAAAUUAGUUUGUGGCCUUAAUGGAUUAAGGCUAGAAAGCAUUUUUAAAGCCACUAAAAUGAGGGACGAUGUGAUAUUUUGGUAAUUAGUACCUAUUGUACAUUUCAAAUCUGUUCAGGGUUUGACUCCAACACCCUAGAAGAUUAAAAGCCAAGAAGAAACAGGUUUUCUUCCUGAGGUUUGAAAGCAGCAGAUAACACUAGGAGUGCAUUAGAAUGGGGCGCUUUAACUGGGAAGUAUAAGCCAAAUGCACUUAAACUUUCUCUGUGGUCGUCCCUGCUCAGCGCAGUAGAGUUGGGCACAGAGGGAUGCAGGUGGCACGCAGAGGCUUCCCAGCCCCUCCCUGGUUGCUGUUUCAGAAUGCUUAAAUUGGGUUAUGCCACACAUAAUCCAGACUAGAGUUCUGCUGCUUUUAACACAAAUUUGUUUCUGCCAAGCCUGUUGACUCUGUAUUCUGACAAUCAGUUUCAUAAAGAAAUGGAACACUUCCUUUUAAAAAAGAAGUGGAGCGGGGGAGAGAAAGAAUAAAGUGCAUUUUGCUCAUUGGCAAUUGUAGCUGGUCAUAAUGUGCAGAAAAUUUUGGACUCAUGUUGCCAACAGUUGUUGCUUGAACUGAGCAACAGUUUGUAUUGAAUGAGUUGCCAUUUUCAGUUUUUUAAUGUUACUAUCUCUCCUUCAGGCAUUUUUAAAAGAAGAGUAAUUUUAUAUUGAUUUCCUGCUUUCAUUUUAUGCAAGUUACAUUUAGGUUUCAUUUGUAUAUGAUUGUACUAAUGUAAACAAAAACAAGAAGUCUGGUCAUUUUUUUCAAAGAUAGAUUUAUUUAAAUAGGCAUUUCUUGUUAUACUGUCCUGGCUUCGAUCUGUGGGAAUUUAUUUUACUGUUUAUCUUAACUACUGCUUAGAGUUAUCAAAUGCAUAUCUGUAAGCAUUGAAUUGAAGCAACUUUGUAAACAUGCUCAGUCCUCUAUCCUUACCCUGUUAGGAUGUGUAAUGUCCCAAGCCCAGUUACCAAGAUGUAAAUCUAACUGAAUGAUACUUAGAAUCAGAUGCUUAAGUAUGGCUCCAGAUGCAGCUGAGUUUUUGAUCAGCCAGUAGUUUUAGUCUAUUUACUUUCAUGGCAAAAAGCAGCUGAAAGGGAGAGAAACUUCCUCAGUAUAUUAGACAGUUGAGAAAGAAGACUUUCAUGUUACGGUUUAAAACAUGCUGACCUAUUAUAUGUUCCGUUUGAUCCUGUGGUAACAUUAUCUUUAUGAUAUCUUUGCCAAUAAUUUGAUCUUUCAGCUUUAUUCUUGAACAAAGAAACAACUAUUUUUUGAAAACGGUAGUUUUUGGACAAUGAAAUGACAAGAAAUUUCAUUUUUACAUUGGUUGCAAGAGAAGAAUUUUAGGGCACAACCCUAUGCAUGUUUAGGGCAGAAAAAGGACUGAGAAAUGCUUGCGGUUGUAGGCCUUUUUCUGUCUAAAUGUUCAUAGGAUUGCAUUCUUAGUUGAUUAGUUAGCCAGGGUAAGUUUCAGAUUGUUCAGGUCAUUUUCUUUCUUGGCUCAUUAACUUCUUCAUUUGUCAAAGAUAAUCUAGUUAAGGUUUAGAACAGUGAAGUUAUCCAAAGCCUCAAAAGUAAGGUUUUGCCAAAGCUUGGACAAUUAAAAUUUUAGGGACAAAGGGUUCUGGUGAGGUUGUAGGAACAGAAUGUUCUUAAUUGUCCCUUCUCUGUAUUUUGACACACUGUUCACAUGUGUUGCUUUCCUUAAGUUGUAGCUUUGGUGUCAUUUCUAUACACGAGAUUCCUCCUGAGACAGCCGAAUAUUCCAGGCUCACAUAAGCAAUAUGAUAAUAUCACCAGUCAUCAAAUUUGGCAACAUUAUCACCUUAUUUUGUAGAGUCAACUGCAAGUUUGCAUAAUUGGGAAAGUUAUCUGGGGAGGGUACAGUAUUUUUGUGAAACAAUCUUCCUGGCACUGAAUAUGUUACGAGCCUUACUCUGGAUUCUUUACUCUCACCUCCCGCCCACCCCCGCAUGCCUUCAUGUUUUUUUCUUUUAGUAAAAACCUUCCCACUCUAGAAGUUUCUGAUUGAUUUAAUUUUACCAUUUAACUGUACUUUUUCAAAAAGUUAAGUGGCAAUCCUUUAAACUUGGCAUUUUGUUUUACAAAUCUGAGCCAGAAAGGAAGCCUCCAACAUUACUGUAGGGGACUUACUACUUUACUUACUUCAUUAUUAUGGGAAUAAUGGAGUCAAUUCCCUAUGUAAUAGAAUUCAUUGCUCUGUAUAAUAGGUAGUUGCCCACCUUAAUGUGUAUAUAUAUUCUUUCAAAUGCACACGUAAAAGCUAAACUCAGUUGAGAAAUUUUCUAAGAACAAACCCGGUGUUCUACAGCACGUUUGGAGCCACCCUUCCCAGCAUGGCAGUGAAACUGUCUGGAGGAUGCUGCAUGCCCACAGUCCACAGCCCCCAGUGGCUGCAGCUUUGGGGGUAGAGAAAAGAGAUCAAUGUGGGCACUGAUUGUGCAUUCCCAUUUACAUGGAGAACACAUACAUAUGCAAAUUUGUAUGCAAAUUGGACAUCUUUAUACUAUGACGAAGCAUGCGUAGUGUACAAGAGUGUGAUCUUGUUACUACCCCCUUCCACAUUCACCAAACACACAUGGGGCAGGGAUUGUCCUGAAAAUGUCUUUUGCAUUUCUUUGACCUACCCACCAAAUAGAUGGUCAGCCAGUGACUUCUUCAAAGUACUGGGGGCCGUAUUCAGUGGCCAUCUCAUCCAAAUAGUUAAUAUUCCAAGAGCUCCAAGCACCAACCACCUGUUUGCAGCUACCCAGAACAGUCCUGGAAGCAAGGGAGGCCCUGAGAUUAGGGGAACCGCAACUGUAGCCACUUGUAUGUAUUAUUUUGCCAUUUUGGAAAGGGAUUUGCAUUUGGAAGGAGGCUUCUGCUUAUUCUGACUGGUUUUAUCUGCCUCUUCCAAGUCACCUUGGUGAAGAAUGUGCUAGCCCAAGGCAGAAAAGACAAGGUGAAAAGUUAAUGAGCCAUACAGAGACAGUAUUAUUUAAACAGGGUGAACUUCUUAAAACAAGACCUGCUAAGUAGUUAAAGUGCUUAAAAGUUUACAAUGGCCUUCCAGUGGUUUAACUUUACGUAAUAUGUGCAUGAGUAUUUUCAGCUUUUAUGUGUGGGUCUUGGUUUCCUACAACACAUUUAAUGAGAAGUGGUUAACUAAUACUAGCUUUUAAGAUAAGUGGUUAACAAUGGCAUUACUUAGUAGACUGAUUUAGUCAUGACAACCUUUUGCCACAGAUAUGAGAGACAAUCUCAACUGAAAAAAUAGUGAUAAUCAAAGGAAUUGGCAUAGUUCUGUUCACAAAAUGAAUAAAUUAGUUUAAGUAAUGUUCAUAUUUCAGAUUGUAUUUCUGUAAUUAUGUACAUGGAGUUUUAUGGUAACUACUGUAACUCAAGAAUGUAUCUCAGAAAGGAGCUUGAAAAGUUGUUUUUGGAUAUGACUGAUGCUAUUAUUUAUCUACCAUAUAAAAUGUAUAAUGUUGUAAAUGGGUGUGGUUCAAGUUAGUUGUGCAUACUUGAUCCUACAUCCCAGCUGGGCAGCUUGGCUGCUGUCAUGCACACACCAAUUUGGAAGUUAGCCCUAAUAGCAAGCCACAAAUCAAUAAGACUUCCUAGUUAAAUGUGUUUAAGGUUGAGUAUUAAACCUUCAGCUUUAGGUAUGUAGGUUUAGAAGCACAGUAUAUUUAUAUUUUUAAAAGGUUGACACAAUUACCUACCUUGGCUAGAGAAUUUUGUUGUUGUGUGUUUCUUACCAACUAACUUUAUGACCCAAAGUCAUUCUUCUCUCUUUCAUCAACAUAUAUUUUCAUUUUUUUUCUGGGAGAAAUGGAAAUGGGUUAUUUCCUGCCAGAUUCCAGAACAAGAGAAAGAGAGGAAGGCAAGCUUAGUAUAUAUUCGUACUUGCCUGAAACCUAUGCCAGAGUUAAGUUCAUUCAGUUUCAGAAAACCAGCUUUUUCAUUCAGUAUCCAUCUAUAAAUUGGCCUAUAUAUUUAAUGAUAGCAGUUUCCAUGGGAUAGAUUUAACACAAUAUUCUGAAUUUUGAUGCCAUUUUAUUUAAAAUUGAAAGGAAGGUUUGGAAAAAGUUAUGGAACAUUAAACAUACUUGACAAACCACUCAAUUACAUCAGUAACUCAUUAGCAUUCUUAAUCCCACUUCUGUGUACCUCUGUGCCUUUUAUUUUUGCUCAUGGCUUAAGUAAUAACAAUCCCUUAUUUGUAAAAGCCAUAAUAGUGUGAAGUCAAUGCACUUUGUUUCCUCUGCUUAGUGAUGUUUUUAGCUUGUAGGCUUGUAAAAAAACAACUUUCAUAAAUAAAAGUAUUUUUAAAAGCUGUAGGUCAACUCUUGAAGGGCAGUCUGGCCUUUUUUGACCAGCUUUUCUGUAUAUGGAGAACUUGCAGGAAUAUUCAGUCAGAAUGUAUAAAUUGUGUACAUACUGGGUAUAGUAUAUCAUUGAUAAUCAGUGGCAAAGGCAAGGAGAAAAGGGGGCUAUUUUUAAAAGCACAGUGGAUGUGUACUGGAUCAGUCUCCUAAGACUGGUGGUUUUUCAACAUUGGGUUCAAUUUUUGAACCACUCAGAAUACCUCAUGUGUACAUAGAGUUGUCAUGACUUAAUCGAAAUGCAUUCAGUGUUGUUAUUUCUUAAUUUUAAUUUUUAAAGAGCCACUGGUUGGCUCAUGUCUUCAGGCCUGUCAUUCUUGCCUCUUUUUGUAUCUUUUUUUUUAAAGUAGCGUUUACAGCUAGAAUUUUGAAUGCCAAAGUUCUAUUUAUUAAAUGAUGAAAGUUUUCAUUGUUAAUUACUAGUAUUUUUCCACUCUGUUUGUUUGAUGUUUGGAUUUGUAUCUACAGAACAAAAAUAAAUUUUGUUACAAAAUCAAGA